GGAAGAAAAUACACUGCCUACGAAACACUACAAUGCAAUUAAAAUGUCAUACAGGCUGCGAAUCGUUAUGUAAACAAAAACAGGAGUAUCUAUUUACCUCCAGGUAAACCCCUUCCCCCCGACAUAACGUUCAGGUUACGGUAACGUUAAUGGUCUGUUCCGGCCUGACUAGGGAAACGUGCGCGGAAAAUAAACUGCAAACGGUGGUUUGCAGCGCCGAGACGCAAAUGCGGAAACUUACACCGACAGCCCAAAAUUAUGGAUGCAGAAUAAUAAUGGUCAUCAUUUGAAAUAUCAUUGUAAAUGCAGGUAUAGAGAUGACGGGCCUGCCAGCGGCCGGUCGCAGAAGCGUGACCGGGUCCGGUUGCGGUCCUGCGGCUCCAUCGGCGCCUCACCACGUGACAUAUGUUUACAUCCUCUCAGCUGUUUCUCCUGCGCCGAUCCGAAGAGACGCCAGCAUGUCCUGCGCUUUUUAAACAUCUCAAUAUCUGGCCGCAUACUCAAAAAACGGAGAAGAGCGACCACAGAAAGACCCUGAUAUUAUUCCCCGUUUCGGUGCGAUCUCGCUCCUUUCGGCUGCGGUGACAUAUGCGGCGUAACUAGUUCCCUUGAUGACUGUGGCGCCGGUGGUCUGACGUCGAGAGCCCGAGGAGCGCCACCCGGUGUCCAUGUGGUGAGGUGGGGGGGGGCGGCGAGAGGGGCGGCCCGAGAGCACGAGCACCAAAGAUCUCCAGCAGCCAUGGGGGGCGCCGUGAGCGCUGGCGAGGACAACGACGACCUGAUCGACAACCUGAAGGAGGCUCAGUACAUCCGCACGGAGAGGGUGGAGCAGGCCUUCCGGGCCAUCGACCGCGGGGACUACUACCUGGAAGGUUACAGAGACAAUGCCUACAAGGACCUGGCGUGGAAGCAUGGCAACAUCCACCUUUCAGCGCCGUGCAUCUACUCCGAGGUGAUGGAGGCGCUGAAGCUCCACCAAGGCCUCUCCUUCCUCAACUUGGGAAGCGGGACUGGCUACCUGAGCACCAUGGUGGGCCUGAUUAUAGGUCCGUUUGGGGUGAACCAUGGCGUGGAACUCCACACCGACGUGGUGGAAUAUGCCAGAGAGAAGCUGGACGACUUUAUUAAGAACAGCGACAGUUUUGAUAAGUUUGAGUUUUGUGAACCCAAGUUUGUGGUGGGGAACUGCUUAGAGAUCUCGUCAGAUAGCCACCAGUACGAUCGCAUUUACUGCGGAGCUGGGGUUCAGAAGGACCAUGAGAACUACAUGAAGAUCCUGCUGAAGGUGGGGGGCAUCCUCGUCAUGCCUAUCGAGGAUCAGCUGACUCAGAUCACGAGAACCGGCCAGAGCAGUUGGGAGAGUAAGAACAUUCUGGCAGUGUCCUUCGCACCCCUGGUGCAGCAGAGCCGUGGCGAUGGGAACAAGGCCGACGCCGUAAAGCUGCCUCCCAUCAGCGUGAGGACCCUCCAGGACCUCUCCCGCAUCUACAUCCGCCGCGCCCUCCGCGACCUGACCGCCGACGAGACGCAGUCCCUCAACACGCCACAGAGGGCGCCCCAGAAGCGCAAGCGGCGGCGCUGCCGCCGCCGGCGCAUCAACACCUACGUCUUCGUGGGCAACCAGCUCAUGCCGCAGCCGGCCGAGAGCGAGGAGGACGAGCGGAUCGAAGAGGACGGCAAGGAGGAGGAAGAGAAGGACAGUUGUGAGGUCAUGAAGCUGGAGGAGCCUCAGCAGAACCUCCUGAGGAGCAAAAUUCUGAUGUUGCCUUUACCGGAAGCUCUGAAGGCUUAUCUGCUGUACUACAGAGAGAAAUAACGGACAGCCAGUCAGAGGGGCAGUAACACCUGCUUUUUUUUCUCUCUCUCUCUCUCUCUCCCCCCCCUGCCCCCCCCCCCCCCCCCCUUUACCGCUUUCUCGAGAUGUAGCAUGGCCGUGGGUCUUUUCAGAGUUGGACCCAUCUUGAAGAGCGCGAGUGGUCCCUGCGGCCAUGUGAUCUUUACCUUUGACGUCUCUUUGCUGUCGAACGUGAACGUGGGGGGAAAAAAAAAUGAUGUAAUCACUUUCCAAAAAGGGGGGGCGGGGGGGGGAGGGUGUUUCACCUGCACGUUGUGUGCGUUGUGUUUGUGUCCAAGAAAAGGAAGAAAAACAGAGUGCUUGGGGGGGGGGGGGG